AUGAAACAGGAGACUUUUUUGUGCCACCCAGCAUAUAUUAAUGUAAAGUCGUUAAAAUCCAAUAGGAUAUCACACAACCUACAACGUCAGGUGAUUAUUCAGAACAGCAGGAUGAAAUGGACGAAGAUUUACGUAAUUUGUUACUGAAGUUGGAAAACCUUGGCUAUAAUGAAGGUACUUGCUUUUCUGUACACAGAAGACAAAAUAGGCUAGUAUACAAAAAUCAUUUAAUGACAAUUCUAUUGUGGCUAUAAGUGAAACACAAAUAAUGAUUGAACAGAUCAAUGAAUAUUUGGCCAACCAAUGAGGUAGGGAUGUUAUAUAAUAUAACUUACUGCCCGAGAGUGAGGACAGUGCUGGGAAAUGUCCAACCGAGGACUUGCUGUGUUGACCGAAUGAUAGCGAGGUCAAUACAGCAAAACCGUGGUUGGAUAUUUUUCCGUACCUCCCGAACGGUUGAGGUCAGCAUAAGUGUUUUAUUAUAUGGCAUUGUACAUUUGUAAAAAUGUAGGGGAAAGUCACGCGAGGCCUUCAGCCUUUUGAAUGAUGGUUUUUAAGGUGCAUUUCAGCACGGUUAAUAGAAGAAGGAUGGUUAGGCUAGCUGCACCACGUGACAAAUAUGUUAUUGUUCUGAUUUUAUUCAUGUCACGUGGCGAGAUAGGGGGACGCUUCGCAGGAGUGUAAUAGAAAAUAUAUUGUUGACAUGGCUUUUGUGAUGUAUAAAUUUACGUGUUUUCGAUUGUAUACGCCUGAUUUGAGCACGGAUUUGAUUUAUACUUCGAAGUUCGUAAUGAUCUGAUCGUAUUCACAAGUUUUAAAGGUAUUGUUGAUUGGUUUUGAGAUAUAACCACGCUAUGCUAAGUGUAUAUUCACAUAUUCCAUUCUCAAGUGUUCGAGGAUUUUCAUACUUAAAGACGAUACUUUUGGAUUUGUCCGGGAAAAACUGCUCUGCUUUUGGUCGUGAGAUCUGACGUCGGUGCGAACGUAUUGAUGCGAAACAAACAAAUGAAGUAAAUUGAACUAAUAUUGCAAACGUAUCAGCCCAAAUCAUGUGCCUAUGCAGCGUACUUUGGUAUUUGCUCUGCCAACAAGACAACUCCAGACAAUUUUACUUGUCAUUGAUAGCGAUUUCUAGUUGAUGUGUACUGUGUAGUGGACUAUUAAAAGUAACAUUUGGAAUAGUCAAACUGAUAUCUGUUAUUGAAUUUUCAAUUAGUAUCCUCAAAAAACCAUUAUAUUAUAAUGUAUGGCAUUUCUGCAUGUUCAGUUGCUAGCAGUGGCAUAGCUAGCCCGACGAUUUGGACCCGCUAGGCAAAUUUCACCUCAUCAUUAUUCACUUCUUUAGAAAUUAUAACAUUGUACCAGACUACUGUAACUAAAUACUUACUGAAAUUUAAGACUGUUGAAGAAUAUUUAUUGUCUAUCACCAUUACAUAAUCUACACAUCAACUGGCAAUGCAUGCAGAUGCACCUACUUUCAAAUUGGUAUUUUACUCUGUCUAAAGCAAUAAAAUUUUACUCAGUGGAAGAAUACUGCUGUCAAUCGGUUAUUAACAACUAUUGAUAUCCACCCUGGGAUGGUUGUUCAUUCAAUUUGGGAUUUGCAGGGUGAAGUUCUUCAAUUGGCAGAUCUCUGACCUCACUGAGAGAGGACUGACUAGUCGAGAAAUUGGCAUGCAAAAUCGUAUGGCCUAUUGGCUCUGGGUUGAACACUUGUAGAUACUUAUAGAUACUGAAGUUAAAUACACUGGAAAUAACAAAUUGUAUACAUUGACUGGAAAUGUACAAGUUUAAUAUUCAAAGAAGAUUCUAAACCAUUUUCACGUAUGUUUUGUUCUAUUUUUUAUCAGAUUGGCCCAUACUUUGUUUCCAUACUGACACCACCCAAUUUUACUUGUCAUUGGCAAUCUGCCAGUGCCGCAUGUUAAUUCACUGGUGGGUGAGCUGGCAAUGUGUCCAGCAAAUGCACCCUACAUUAUAUUUUUUUUGAAAGAGAAGCAAUUGCAAGUUAAUGGUUAAUUCAUUAGGGCCACGCAGGGAUGACUGAGAAAACAAUUCAAGGUUCAACAUGUCUUAGGGGCUGAUGACAUGGGGAUUUUCAGCCCGCGCUGAAUUUCAACCCAGUUAACCGAGCUGAAAUUGUUUCACGAUUACAUGACAAAGUUCAGCCCGGGGUGAGUUAGAAUUUCAAUUCAAACCGGGGUGAAAUCUCAGCCCGGGUCGAAAGAAUGAAGUCUCAAAAUGGAGGUAUUCUGUUUCUUUGGAAAAUUUAAAAUGUUGUUCAUAUGUAUUGACUUCUACAAGAGUGUGGUUGCAUUUAAAAGUAGAACAGACAGAAAUAAAGCCACUUAAAUGCUGUUUUUUCAACCUGGGUUGAAUUUUCCUGUCGAUUACAUGGCGAUUUUCAGCCCGGCCAACCGGAUUGAAAUUUUUAGCCCGGGGUAGCUCCAACCGGGCUAAAACUUAAGCACAAGCUGAAAUUUCUGUCAUGCAAUCAUUUGCUGUGUUUUAAUAGGAUUUAUCCUCAGGCCGGGCUGAAAUUUCUUAAUUUCAGCCCGGGAAACCAGGAUGAAACGCAGCCAUGCUGAAAACUCUCCAUCUAAUCAGCCACUUAACCAGGUUUGAAUUGUUUGGUUUGAUAAGGCCUGUAUGAUGACUAUAUCAUGAUAGCAGUGUAAUUGUGAAAACCUAACCAACUAACCAUAGAGGCAUUUGUAAAUAAUAUAUUAGUUUUGGGAAUCAUAAAUUUGCCAACCCAUUGUUAUAUUUCAAACCUAUGGUUCAAUUAAUCUGAAUAUGAAAACAGAGUUAUUGCAGAAGAUAAAUGAAUUGUAUAGUUACAAAUUUUAUAAAAUAUAUAAUAUCACUUUCUUUUCACUACUGUUUUACAGUAAGGCAAAGGCUUUACCACGUUUUGCAUCGUUUUCAUACUCGAUAAUAUAAUCUUUGCCACGGUUGAAUUCACCCGACUUUUUUAUAUCGCAUCCCACAUUGUUUCCAACGAUCGAAAUGUACUUUUCACAACGUAUAGCUUCUACAAUGUCAAUCAACUAAAGAAGUAUAAAUGCACCUUUAUAUAUAAACACAUAGAUACUUCGUACAAUAGAUUCCCCAUGACCAUGUGUUGUAAAGUGUUUUGAAUUACUACAUAUAUAUGCCUUGUAAUUUGGCACUAAGGCCGCAAAUUUGUCGCACACAUACUGUAGCACUGAAAAGACUUCUCACUGUCGAUUGGGCAGCAGAAAAAUCAGUUUUUAAUACAACUAUUUUUCUUCUUCCGCUAAUAGUAACAGGGGCCUCGAUGCUAUAAAAAUAUUCGUCUAUAAAUCUACGUAUUCGCUCUCUCGUUCAUCUUCCAAACGACACCGUCAUUUCCGAUCGUUGAAAACUCUCUUUGCUUUUAUUAUUACUGUUUUCAAAUGUCUGCAUCGAUGAAGUAACCACUUCUCUUUCGAUAUCACUAUCCAUCGUUAUUAUAAAUGCUCCAAAAGAUACAAAAAUGCUUUUAUUAUCAGUAUUAACCCAACACUUUCAAUAUAAUUUCCUACAAAUGUCAACACAAGCGUCCCCUAUCUCGACACAUGACAUUUUCUUCCUUUGUGCUCAACAUAGUUACUGCAGUUAUCCGUAAAAUGACAGCAUCUGGUUCUCCUUGUCCUCUCGAUCAAAUACCAAUUAUAUGCUUUAAGCGAUGUCCUUACCUAAGCACUUAUUUAACUGAACUAAUACGCGCUGUCUGGCUUUCAGGAUCUAUCCCGAGUGAAUGGAAAAAAGCUUGCACUAUACUUAAUCAUAAGAAAGGCAACACGAGUAUUCCCUCAAAUUUCCGACCGACCAGACUCGAAUCUAUACCGCUUAAAGUAUUUACAUCAUGUCUACGUAACGCAAUGUACUCCUUUCUCACCGCCAAUAACUUUAUAGAACAUAACAUACAAAAAGGCUUCACCCCAAAUCUGUCUGGUACUAUGGAACAUACUGCACAAAUGGCUAAUAUAAUCAACAAAGCUCGGAUAAAACAACGUUCACUUGUCAUCACACUACUUGACGUCAAAAACGCUUUUGGAGAAGUUCAUCAUAACUUAAUCCAAUCUGUCCUUGGCUAUCAUCACAUCCCUAAUCACAUGAAUAAUUUAAUAAAAAGCUUCUACACUGAUUUUAAAACUUCCGUAAUUACUUCAGAGUUCCGUACCCAUUUUAUACCUGUUGGCCGUGGUGUUUUGCAAGGUGACUGUCUUAGUCCUCUACUAUUUAGUAUGUGUUUCAACACAUAUAUUCAACAUAUCAAAGCUGAAAUGUACCGCCAGUUCGGUUUCUCCCUCCAACUCCUUAAUCCAAUCCACUGGUUUCAGUUUGCCGAAGAUGCUGCGGUUAUUACUGGUCAAGAGUCGGAAAAUCAACAUCUCCUUAAUCGAUUCUCUAUCUGGUGCCAAUGGUCCAACAUGGUUGUUAGAGUUGAUAAAUGUAGCACAUUUGGCAUCAAAAAAGUUUUAUCAAAAUCUGCCCAGUACCUGCCGAAGCUUUUGAUCAAUAAGGAUCUCAUACCAACGAUUAAGACUGGAGAAUCAUUUGAGUAUUUGGGACGAAACUUCGACUUUAACAUAACUAAUGAAAAACAUAAAUCUAAACUGAUUUCCCUCAUUGAUGAACUAAUGUCCGAAAUAGAUCUUAAACCUCUUCACCCAAAAAACAAAAUUUUACUUUACAGUCGUUAUGUUUUGUCGAAACUAUCCUGGCAUUUUACUGUUGCUACGACAUCCAAAACUUGGGUAGUCGAAAAUAUCGAAAAUGGCUGGAAGUACCUAUAUCUGGAACAUUAA